GCGCGGGCGGCGCAGCCCGCGGAGCCGCUGCGGCUCUCGUUCUGCGGCGUGCUGGCCGCGCUGCCGCCGCCCGACGCCGUGGCCACGCUGCGGGCGUCGCCGCUGCUCAGCAGGAGCGUGCCGCUCGGGCUGCUGGCUGCGUGGCUCGGAGCGGCGCGCGAGCUGCUGGCAGUCGGCAACGACGACGGCCACCUCCGAGUCGUGUGCCCCGGGGGCGGCGAGGUGGGGAGCGUGCAGCUGCCGGCCCGCAUCGACAGCCUCGCGUGGGACCCACAGGGCACGAGGCUGGCGGUGGGCUGCGAUGACGGCGGGCUGCGCGUGCUGAGCCUGCCGGCGCUGGGCCGGAGCGUGGAGGCGCUGGCAGCGCACAGCGGCCCUGUCAGCAUGGUGGAGUGGAGCCCCAGCGGGCGGCAGCUGGCGACGGGGUGCCAGGCCGGGGACUGCCUGAUCCGGGUCGUGGACGCCCUCACAGGCGAGGUGCUGUGCCAGAGCGAGCUGCAGCAGCCGCCGGCUGCGCUGGGCUGGUGCUGCACGGGCAGCAGCCUUGCCGCGGUGGCCGAGCGGUGGGUGCGGGCCGGGCGGCGCAGGGCUGCGGACUCCGUGCUGCACCUCAUCUGCGCCCGCAGCGGCGAGGCGCGCAGGCUGGACCAGGGCGGCCCGAUUGUGUCGGUGGCCUACAACUUGAACGGGCCAAGGAUAGCGAUCGGCACAGAAGACGGCUGGCUCAGGGUCGUCGACACCACAGCGUGUGUGGAGAGGUGGGCCAUCCGGUUGCGCAGCCGCGUCCGGCCAGUGAUGUGGGACCCUCGAGGCAAGAAGUUGGCGGCUGCCUGCUCGAGGUCCCUCUUCGACGAGACCAGCACCGCGGCUUCCACGCCCGCGACACUCUACAUCGUAGACGCCGAGUCUGGCGCCAUGGAGCACAAGCUGGACCACGACAGCGUCGUCCUGGCCGUGGCGUGGAGCCACACAGGACGCCACAUCGCGGCGAGCUGCAUCAGGUCGGGUAUAGCCGGAAGGGGACCCAGUUAG